CCAAGCUACAGUACGUACGUAGGGCAUUGCUAUUUCAGGUAAAUAUCCAGCAUUCCCGUCGACUUUGUGUGUAAACUGUAAAUUAGAUAAUUAAUUUUUGGAUAUUUAUCAUGUAACGAUGGCUUGACUACAAAAUUAUUGUAGUUAAAUGUAGUCAACUACUACAUUCUACAACUACUUGACAACUCGCUACUUAUAGCUACUGACAAUAAUAUAUAGGAAGUAUAGCUACUGCUGUACUGCAUGUCAUUUAAAAAAUGUAGCGAACUAUUCGCUACUUCCUACAACAAUAUAUCCUGCUACCACAUUUCCCGAAUAUGUUCUUCUAAUUUGUGAUUUGAACGGGCAAGAAAGAUGGUAAAUAGACCUGAAGCAGCAAAAAUCAUAUACGUAUACCACAGUAUGAAAGGUUAAGGUAUAGACUAUACUGUAGUAUAUCAAUCUCUGUCACAAACGCGGCAAGCAUAUAUGGAUCAUUCGUCAAGACGAAGUAUGCCAUGACCCAUGGCCAUGCACGCACGGUUUGCACGAGCUCCGUAAAAUUCCAAUUUUAUGACAAAAAUUUUAUAAUAUCUUGCUAUAAUCCUUUAUAAAUAUGAUGAGUGAACUCCAGUUGUGCUGGACUGGAAAUAUUGAACAACUAAAACAUUUCGUGAACGAAAAUAUCAAAUUAAACGACGGUAAUUGGAUUUCGCCGGGAGGAGACAAAAAAGUAUAUAGCGAUGGUACUACAUCUAUAUCAUGGCGAAAAAGUAAGAAAAUUCUACAAAUUGAAGUAGCGUACAGACUAACAUAGUGACAAACGAAGCUGCAGCUACAACUACAAGCGACGAAAAUGGCGUCUCCCCUCUCACAAGACAAAUCUUGUCUGUCGAACUUGAAGGCGCUAAACUCGACAUAACAAUUGCAGAAAGGGAUAUUCUCAUAAACAAGAUAUUAUAAAUAAUGUUGAUAACCGCCUUAACAAAAUAAAUGCUGAAUUUGACGAUUUUAGUCAACAACUUGAAUAUUGCAAGAAAGAAAUUUAUAUGUUACGCAGCGGUCAUAUUUGAAUAUUCUAAUUUGGCAGACAAAAAUCACUCAAGUGAAAAAAGUGAUUGUCUUGAUAAAAUAACUAGCACAACAGAUUCAGCUAUAAAUGUACAGGGUGUCCCAAAAAAAAGUGACACUAUAGAAAUUUUCCUAUUGUUAUAAUUUGAAUGCCCUAGCACUAAGUUGAUCCCACAGGUGCAUAAACUUCUGCUUCCGGAAUUUAAAAUAAAAAAGCAAACCGUUUAUUAGUGUAAUCGUUUUGCUUGACUCGGGCGUUAAAAUAUUUGGACAAAGCGAAAACGUUUAAUUAAAAUGCUUAAAUGUAAAUACAAGUUCCAUUAAAUUCCCAGGCGUGUAAUCACGCGCGUUUAAGAGCGGCUUAAGAACAAUGAGAAAAUUUCUAUAGUGUCACUUUUUUUUGGGACACCCUGUAGAAUCACAUUCUAAAGCACGGGAAAAUCAAGUCAACCAACCUACCAAAAAUACCAUUCCUUGUCCUUUCCUGUCACGAAGGGGUUGGUGUCUUAAAGGCGAAAAUUGUGACUUCCUUCACCCAAACCUUGAACGAAACCAGCGCAAUUGUGAUUUUCUACAUCCAAGUUUAAAUCGAAACCAACACUAUCGUCCUUUUUUAUUCCCAAUUCAACCGAAUGCUUGUCAAAUCAUACGACGCCCCAAGCACCCCCCUUACCCCCGACCAUUGAUGGAGUUUCCCUUCCUUUUACCACAAUUACCACCCAUCAGACAAGAAAAUCUGGUCAAUCGUUUGACGCGCCCCACGCAUCCAUAGAGCAGUACGACCGACAAAGCAUUUCAUAUACUGACCCCGUAGCUGAUCAAAUACCUAGAACAAAUAAUAUCCCAGUUUGGACAACUAGACGGCAAAUUAACUUGCAUAAUCGUUUAAACAGUACCCCUGCAUACACAGAACGAAAGGUCCGUAACCACGAAAAAUUUGAUAAAAAUUCCUAUAUUGAACCAUAAAAAUUGGAGACUAGGUUGCCCAAAUGCCCAAAGAUACCCACUAUCAUUUUUCCUUUCAAAUGUCAGAUCACUUCUGCCGAAAGUUGAUGAAUUAGAUGCUAUUCUUAAAUUAAAUCAUGCCAGUUUGGCUUUUAUCACAGAAACAUGGCUAAACGAAAACAUUGACGACGCCGCAGUUCAAAUACAUGGCUACUCCUUGAUACGUCGUGAUAGAAAAUCUAUAGGACUGGAGGAGGGGUGUGUGCUUAUAUAAAGUCACAGAUCCCCUUUAAAAUUCUAACUUGUUUGCAAGAUGUUUGUUUCGAAACUCUGUGGCUUUACCUGAGACCUCACAAACUGUUCCGAGGAUUCUCAUGUUUGGUUGUCUGUGUGGUUUACCAUACAGCGACAACAACACACUAAUCGAACACCUUACCAUAAAGCUUGAUGUUGCCCUCUCCAUGUACCCAAAUGCUGGCAUAAUAUUAGUUGGGGAUUUUAACAAAUGUCCAGUUUCCACAAUACUCAGACAUUUUACUUUAAAACAGAUUGUUAAACAACCUACGAGAUCGAGGGAAUGCUAUUUUGGAUUUAAUUUUGACAAACAUGUCAGACGUUUGUAACAUCCCCUUGGUAAUCCCACCCGUUGGGCGCAGCGACCACAAUUCAGUGUUAUGCUCAUAUAAGGAAGGUUCAACUAAAAACGCCCACACGAAAGUAAAAAUCAGACAGGGAAAUAAUGCUGCAAAAACUGCUUUUGGAAAGUGGUUAACCGAUUUUAAUUGGACCAUUUUAUACCGCACUAUUUCUUGUGAACAAAAAUUAGACCUCUUCCAAGACAUCAUAAAUGCCGGAUUGGAUUGUUUCCUUCCGAUAAAAACUGUAAAAUUACAUGAUAAUGACAAACCUUGGGUAACUCCUGAAUUUAAGAAAAUUAUCGGAACCAGACAAAAGGCAUUCCAUCAUGGAAAAAGUCCACAUUAUCAGCAGUUACGAAAUCAGGUAAACAGAGAAAGUAAGAAGCUCAGAUCCACAUUUCUUGAGAAAAAGUUAGAACAGUUAAAGCUAAACCCUAACCCAAAAAAGUGGUGGCAAUCAAUAAAACAGUUAUCAGGAUAUCCUAAGAAGAAAGUUCUUUCAACUCUUGUCGUGGGAAAUCAGGUGAUGUCAGGAAAAGCCCUGGCCGAAAAUAUUAAUGACGCUUUUGUUUCAGUUACCAAAGAAAUCCCUCCUUUAAAUCGUCUUCAUAUCGACAUUUUACCAGAAAACAGCCAUUAUGACAUUUCACCAGAGUUUAUCAUUAAAGAAGAAGAGGUAUACCAUAAAUUAUCCAUUAUAUCAACUGCUAAAUCUCCUGGUCCAGAUGGAAUACCAAACUGGGUUCUGAAGUUCUACGCUUAUGUACUUGCUUCCCCUGUUGCAUCAAUUUUUAAUGCUUCCAUCCAACAAGCGACUGUUCCGACCAUGUGGAAAAAAGCCAAUGUCAUCCCAAUUCCAAAAAUAGCUUCGCCUGAGGACAUCACCAAAGAUCUUCGCCCCAUUUCGCUUUAACACCUACCCUGUCUAAAACCUGUGAACAGUUUGUUACCGAUUGGCUACUUGAGUAUAUAAAGGAAAAGAUUGAUAGACGACAAUUUGGUUCCUUAAAAAACUCCUCGACAACUCAUGCCCUAUUAAGCUUCGUUCAUCACCUGUUAUAUGAAACUGAUACAUCAAAAACCGCUGUAAGGUUUUUUUGCUCGAUUUUUCGAAAGCUUUCGAUCUUAUAGACCACAACAUUCUACUGUACAAGUUAUAUGAAAUGAAGGUACCAGCGACAAUUACAAACUGGAUUAAAAGUUUCCUUUUUGAACGCAAACAACGCGUCAAUCAUGCUAACUGUGUAUCAAAUUGGCAAACUUUAAACGGAGGUGUGCCACAAGGAACAGUUCUUGGGCCAAUACUUUUUCUCGUUAUGAUAAACGACCUUCUCACAGACUGGAAUAACAUAUGGAAAUACGUCGACGAUAGUACUAUCACUGAAAGUAUUACACCGGAUAUCAAUAGCAUUCUCCAAGAACUUGUGGAUACUAUUUACAAUUGGACCAUCGUUAAUAAUAUGAAACUGAACAUCAGUAAAUGCAAAGAAUUGAUAAUAGACUUUGCAAAAGAUAAACAGGAAUUCCCACCUUUAAUUAUAAAUGGCGUUGCUGUAGACCGUGUAUCAUCAGCUCGGGUUCUGGGACUAAUUGUUCAGGAUAAUAUGAAUUGGAACGAACACGUAAACAAUGUUGUCAAAAAAGCAGGAAAAAGACUCUACAUGCUGAGAUCAGUGCUGAAACGAUCAAACGCGGAUACGAACACGUUAAUCACUGUGUACACCACUAUUAUUAGGCCUGUCCUUGAAUACGCCUGCCAAGUCUGGCAUUUCAACAUCCAAGAGUAUUUGAGCGAAGACAUUGAAAAGAUUCAGCGGCGUGCUUUGCGAAUCUCGUUGCCAUUAAUGAGUUACAGAGAAACCCGGAAUUUUACUGGUAUCCCUUUACUAAAAGCAAGGAGAGAAACAUUAUGUGAACAAUUUUUUAAAAAGAAUGAGAAUAACGAUAAACUAAGCGAACUAUUGCAUCAUAAAGCAACAGCAGACUACGAUAUGCGACCAAGAUGCAAGUAUAACAAUUAUCUAUGUAGAACUGAACGUUUUAGGAAAUCGUUUUUUCCUCAAAUUAUUUCCAAAGAAAACAGUAAAUAACUGAGUAGAAGUAUAGACCUAUUGUUUUUUGCUACUUUUGAACUCUUAAUAUUCUUAAUAAUGUAAUCUAACGAUAACUUAAUACUUUUUAACAGUAGAUACAAAUUUUGUAAAUUUCUGAUGUAAUUUAACCUAUUGGUUACAAAAUCAGUUUUAAAUAAAUUAUAAAUAAAUUAUAACACUGUCAACUUCCUACACAGACAUGCGUACCUUCAAGAUUGUCUGCCUUUUCGUAUAUAGGGGCGCUUUCCAUUUAAUGGCCUGACCGGUCAGACCCGAAUUCUUUUCUCUGUAUCAAUGGAAAAAUCUGGUCUGUGUUUCUCAAAUAUCUGGCGAAAAUGGACCUCAUUCUAAUGUUAUCUAAAUUUUCCGGUCAGAUAGAUCCGAAGCCCAAUUGUUUUGUGUUCAAUUCAACAAUUCAACAUUUUGACCGUUCUGACCAGUCUGGCCGUGUUAAUGGAAAGCGCCCAUGAAUACAACCUCAGACAAGCUUUUGGGACUACUCAGUUAGCUGCUAUCGCUGGCUAACGUAUCGCACUGAGCUACUAACUUACUGACGUUACUACUGAGAGUUGAGUCCGGAUCAAACGAGGACGAGAGUGCAUGCAUGAGUGCAGUCACGCGAUCUUGGUUGACUUGAAUGCUUUUAAGCAUUAAAAAAUAAUAUAAUAAUAAUUAGCCUGCGUAGCAGUCGCUUUAUUUUAUUGAAGGUUUUGAGGAUUUUUGAAUAAAUGCAUUUAUUCAAAAAUCCUCAAAACCUUCAAUAAAAUAAAGCGACUGCUACGCAGGCUAGUCCGUAACUAAUGUAAACAAAUCCUUUGUUUACAUUUUGAACUGCUAUAUUUGUAAAACUAGAAGUUACUAUCGCAAGGGAAGUGCUGCCUCACCCCCAAGGGAUCAAAGGCAGCAUGCUCAAUUUGCUGAAUAAGGGCUGUUUUUAUGAUCCCGCUUUGCCAGGAUGAGAUAUGAUGCGGGAUGAUUUAGAUGUAUUUAAAUAAGUCACGGUGCACACUUCAGCAAAAAACUUCAUUAUUUCCGAGAGAUAGCAAUAGUUACCUGUAAACUGAAAGGUUGUUUAAUUAAGCAGCAAUAAUAAUCUUCUUGAACUACAAGAUCUGCUGUACAACAUUUGAGUUCUGCAUUUGAACUUUCGUUUAGACUAUGGACGUAUUUCAAUACAUCAAAAUCAUCCCACAUUCCAUCAUGUAAACAGCCCCUAAGAUGCCUGUUCAGGAGGUAGGAAAAGUGCAAUUUGAAUACCAAACACCUUGCACAAAGUCAAAUGUCAGCUAAUAUUCUAAUUCUACUUUCUUGGCAUGGGCGAUUUUAUAUGAAUUCCUUCUAUGCUUAUAACUUCUUGCUUUUUGUAUGCAUAAUUAUAAUACUGUCAGUACUGGUGAAGUUAGCCGUAGUAACAGGUCGUGCGAUGGUUUUUAAUAAUUUGCAUUGCAGGUCUAUUAGCAUACCAUGACCAGUUGCCAUGGCUAGCUUGCCACUCAAUACUGUACAAUAAUAGUCAUAAUACCAUGUGUAUAAACAAUAAUAAUAUUUGAAUGAAUCGAUCAUUGGACAUGUAGAAUUUAAUAAUAAUUUCAUAUAUAGAAAUACUAAGUCAGUUUUUGUCCCAAUUAUUGUUUUAAUAAUUUAAUGGCACCUUCAAGGCUAUCCCUAUUGCAGAACAACUGAACAAUCUGCUGAAUGCUGAUGGGAGACAAAAUCUAUUUGUUGACAUUUAUGUUUAAUACGUCAGCUUCAGAUGACACCAUUCAUUUGUAAAGACUAAGAUUGUACACAGUCAGAACUGCAAAACUAUAUAAGAAAGAAAUUGUGAGCAUUAUCAAAAAAUAUAGUAUAUCCUGAAAUGUGGUGGUGACACAGCGAGGUGAAUACAUGAAUGAAGGCUGGUAGGAUUAUUUCCUAUUGUGCUAACAAUGGACAGUCUGACCAUCAUACCUUGUAACUGCUGGUUAGUUAAUAUAUGCAGACAACAAUCCAUACAGGGUUGCUAUAGGAAUAUGUGUGUAUUAGCCUAUACAUAGUCAUACAUAUUUAAUAAAUAAAUGCACCCAUGGCUAUGAAUGUUUAGCUCCACGGUUAAGAUAAUUUAACUUUAAAUACAUUUAAUUUAUUAAUGUAGCAUAUUCAUCACAAACUCUAUGUAUUUAAACGCAAAAUGUUGUGUAUACACAUGCACCUCUUAAAGAGGUGUUUAAUAGUGUACGAAAAUAUAUAUAUUAUUGAAAUCAGUAGACCGCGACACCCCCACUUUUUUGGCAUCCCGCGCAUUUCGUUUCAAAGUCUUCACGUGAUAUCUCGUAUGUACUACAUGACCAGCUAAAUGUUCAACCGCUCUUGAAAAAAUAUAGGUCCGCAUUGUGCUGAAGUGUAUGCUACUAUUUUACAAGAUCGAGAUCACAUUUUCGGUAAAAGAUAGCUCAUAAAUAUAUAUUUAUGGGACUCUAAAGUGGAGAAAUCGUGGUGAAUAUUUCCAAUUAAACAAAUAUAUUUCAUAUAUUUUGUUGCUUGACCUUCGUUCGGACGUCUGUGACCUUGUUUACGUUUGAAUAAAUUGACAGUUGAGUAACGAAUUUCUGAAGUUAAAUUCCUAACUACGCACCUGAUUGAACAAUAAAAUUAGAAACCAAUUUAAUUAGUUUACCUGUCACACUGUCAAAUUGAAACUUGCAGUUUUUCACACACACACACAUAUAUAUAUAUAUAUAUAUAUAUAUAUAUAUAUAUAUAUAUAUAUAUAUAUAUAUAUAUAUAUAUAUAUAUAUAUAUAUAUAUAUAUAUAAAAUUCGCACUGUGAAUUGAGCUUAAUUAGAAGAAAAGAAAAAAUCGAGCAAAUUGACAUACAGGUACCUCUAAACGAUCUCCCUUUCUCACAAAACUUGAAUAUAAGGCCAGUUUUAUUAUGCAAAGUAUGUCUUUGCUUCGCUCCUGACCUCGUGUUAAAAUGCUACAAAGCUUGCUGAUCGAAAUAUUUUUAAACGCCAUACUUGGUACGGUCGUUCGCAGUCGCUGAACAUUCGGCAGUCAUCGAUUUGCUAUUGUGAACUCCUGAGGUAUGAUAAUACUCCAAUGUAAAUUCCUUACUGCUAUAUCAUAAUUUGACGUCACAACUGCCGACAAACACUUGAACGACACAAAAUCGAGAUACGCUUCAAGUUUAUAAAACUGUUGGCGGGAAAUUCAAAUGCGCUAUAACACAUCGUCAAGAAUAGGAGGCUGCAGCAAUAAGACCAGGGCUGUAAAUACUCGUUACAAUUGUAACGCGUUACUGCAUGUGUACUCGUUACAUUUGAAGUAAUUUUAACCUGUAAUUAAUUACGUUUUUAGAAAUGUAACGAAAAACGUAAUUAAUUACAAAAGCAAGGAACGUGUUCCUUUUCCAAGGAGCAAAUUGAAAAUUCCUUUUCUUAUUUUGUAAAAAUAAGAAAUAAAAAAAUACAACGUAUACGACAAGAAUUCAGAAAAAUGACUGAACUAAUUUUCAACGAGAUAUCACAUGACAUGAUAGCCUACAUGAUUAAGUAGUACUGUUUAUUGCGAAAGUAGAAACCACAAUUUGUUCCGAGGCUCAGAGCGCCAAAUAUUGGCAAAAAAAGUUUUAAGUUUACAUGCGGCUUCGAUUUGCAUGUCAAAUAUUUUAAUAUAUUGGAAUAUCAUCUUGAUAAAUUCUUGCAAAUUUCAUAGUUUAUACCGUUUUUAUUUACAACUACUGUUUAAGAUAUUGCCUUAUAGUAACAAUUUGCCGGUAAAGGAAUUUGUAAUUAAUUCCUUUUUUCCGGAGUAAUUUUUUCAUUGUACUUAAUUACAUUUUAGAACAAGUAAUUGUAAUCAGGAAUUUAUUACAUUUUAAAGCAAGUAAUUGUAAUUGGAAUUAAUUCCUUUUUCAGCGGUAACUUUGCAGCCCUGAAUAAGACACACUAACUGAAUAUCUAACACUUUUCUGGUUCGCUAUUGUAAAUGAAUAUGAACUAGAUGGUACGUUUCAAUUCAAAAAAGUUCGAAAGAUGCAACAUUUGGGCAAUGUUUAUAUCUGUCCCCUUUUGUUAUGGGCAGAACUGAUGCGCAGAACGGACUUGACAUGGUCUUUAACUAUUACCGUAUUCUAUUUAAGUUACAACAUAGUUGAAACACUAAUCAAACGUUUAUUUUGUUAACUUAAAAUGACCCCCAUAGCUGCCAACUCUUACUCUCUGCGUGUCAUGCGUGCAGGGGCGCACAUUCCAAAACAAUUUGGGGGUGUUCUAUGUUCAGGGACAGACUUUUUUAUUGUUUGUGUUUGAUAAGAACAGCUGUUGAACUAUACACUGCCACAUACCUCGCUAACCUCGCUUCCAUUUAUUAGAACGUAGACAAAUUUCUCCAAAAUUUCCGAUAGACACAUAGACGGGGAUAUAGUAUUCCAAGAGUAAAUAAACAUUCAGUUUUUCCGAACUUCUGCUCUAAACAUUUGGGUCCCCCAAAUUAUUAUGUAUUUCAUGUAAUUCGAGCGCCGAAGGCGCGAGGAAAAUUUUGAAUUUCUAGAUUCAUUAGAACCUUACGCUAUUUCACGUAUUUUAGGACGAGGUUUGAAGAAAAGUUACAACCACAAAAAGGCAUUUUUAAGUCGCCUAAUUUUGUUAGAUUUAAAAAAUAUUUAUGUAAAUAAAUUAUGCAAAUACGUUGUACUGCCCCGCUCUUGGCUACGCCACUGAACUUCUAGAAGCCUUUCAAAGUUUCAGACUUUCAUUUUGUGCGACAAGACAAACAAUGCGCGUUUUGACUGCACCGAGGGGGCUUGAGGCAAUCUGAUCGCAUUACGUUUACAGUCAGUUUCUUGCUACAUGAUCUUUAUAUUGUCUAUCCCUAUUUCGGCAAUGACAUAAAACGAACUGAUAUCGUUUAGUUAAUAUCCAACCAUUUCCAUUCCUUUUUUAUAUCUAACUUAUUUUUUAGACUUUUCUAUGAUGAUUCUGGAGAUUGUAACAACCUUGUUUCUUGUUUCAUUUGUCUGGUAUUUUGUGACAACAUUCUUGGAAAGACGGUCAAUGCCCCCCGGACCGUUUCCUUACCCUUUGAUUGGAAACCUACCAGAAUUGGAUCAGUCCAGUAA